CGCCUCCAGCGUGUCAAAAACCCUCGACGGCUAAGCCGCGUUGCCGCAGACGCGUUUCAAGCGCUCGCGCUCACUCACAAUGGCGAGAUAGUCGCGAGAACGAGGAUGCAGCCGCACUUCUCGAGACAGCAGACCGUUCAUUUUUCCUGACUAAUCACCGAUUUAGGCGCGAAGCGACGGAGAUACGUUCACGAAGCCGAUCGUGGCUCGCGAGGAGCGGAUAGUCGGCGAUUAGAUGGCAGUGGCUGGUGAUCUACGGGGAUUGGAGCGCUGCAACGUACUCAGCAGCGGCGGUAAACGGUGAUCAGCGGUGACCAUGCUCGGACCCAAACCCAGCGUUCUGGACGGGACUGCAGCAGCGGGUGGCAUUUAAAAAAACCGAAGGCGUGAAGACAUAAAAGCCCCGAGCGAACCGGAGGUGUGAGCGUACGCUGAAAUGGCAGGCAGAAGCCGCAGGUCGUGGUUCAGCGUGCUGCUGGGGCUGGUGGUCGGGUUCACACUGGCGUCCAGGCUCAUCCUGCCCCGGGCCACCGAGCUGAAGAAAGCGGGUCACAAGCGGCGGGCGAGCGGCGGAGGCACGGGUGGCUGCGGAGGAGGAGCGGGGAUGAUGAUGAUGAUGAAGAAGGAGUACGGAGGGGCGCUGAUGCCCGGCACGGAGAAGCCCGCGGUGCCCCGGUCCAGCAGUUUCCUGUUCGUGGGCGUUAUGACCGCGCAGAAGUACCUCAACAACCGCGCCGUGGCAGCGUACAGGACCUGGGCCAACACCAUCCCGGGCAAGGUGGAGUUUUUCUCCAGUGAGGGUUCAGACACGACGAUCCCCAUCCCCAUCGUGGCUCUGCAAAAUGUGGACGACUCGUACCCUCCACAGAAGAAAUCCUUCAUGAUGCUCAAGUACAUGCAUGACCACUAUCUGGACCAGUUCGAGUGGUUCAUGCGAGCCGACGACGACGUCUACAUCAAAAGCGAGAAGUUGGAGAGCUUCCUGAGGAGUCUCAACAGCAGCGAGGCCAUCUUCCUCGGCCAGACGGGCAUGGGCGCCCGUGACGAACUGGGCAAGCUGGCCUUGGAGCCGGGCGAGAACUUUUGCAUGGGCGGCCCUGGCGUGAUCAUGAGCCGCGAGGUGCUGCGCAGGAUGGUGCCCCACAUCCGCCAGUGCCUGCAGGAGAUGUACACCACCCACGAGGACGUGGAGGUGGGCCGCUGCGUGCGCCGAUUUGCCGGCGUCCAAUGCGUCUGGUCCUAUGAGAUGCAGCAGCUGUUCUAUGAGAAUUACGAGCCUAACAAGAAGGGUUACAUCCGUGACCUCCACAACAGCAAGAUCCACCGGGCCAUAACCCUUCACCCCAACAAGAACCCGCCGUACCAGUAUCGCCUGCACAGCUACAUGUUGAGCCGCAAGAUUGCGGAGCUGCGCCACCGUACCAUCCAGCUCCACCGUGAGAUCGUGCAGAUGAGCCGCUACAGCAACACCGAGGUGCACAAGGAAGACCUCCAGCUGGGCAUGCCUCCGUCCUUCAUGCGCUUUCAUCCCCACCAACGUGAGGAGGUGCUAGAAUGGGAGUUCCUCACGGGCAAGUACAUUUUCUCAUCCUCGGACGGGCAGCCUCCGCGUCGGGGCAUCGACUCCUCGCAGAAGAUGGCGCUGGACGACAUCAUCAUGCAGGUUAUGGAGAUGAUUAAUGCCAACGCCAAGACACGAGGAAGAGUCAUCGACUUCAAAGAGAUCCAGUACGGCUACCGAAGGGUCAACCCCAUGUAUGGGGCCGAGUACGUACUGGAUCUCCUGCUGCUCUACAAGAAGCACAAGGGGAAGACCAUGACGGUGCCCGUAAGGAGGCACGCCUAUCUCCAACAGACCUUCAGUAAGAUCCAGUUCCUGGAAGACGAGGAGAUGGACGCGCGAGUCCUGGCUGCCAGGAUCAACCAAGACUCAGACUCGCUGUCUUUCCUGUCCAACUCUCUCAAGAUGCUCGUCCCAUUCAAGCUGAGCAGCCAAGCCGGCCUCGAACAACAAGAACCCAAAGAGAAGAAGAUCAACAUCCUCGUGCCCCUGGCGGGACGCUACGAGAUCUUCGUGCGCUUCAUGGCCAACUUUGAGAAGAUCUGCUUGAUUCCCAACCAGAACGUCAAGUUGCUGAUUCUGCUCUUUAGCACGGACAACAACACGGAGCGCAUCAAGCAAAUCGAGCUCAUGAGGGAGUACCACAUGAAGUAUCCCAAAGCCGACAUGGAGAUCAAACCGGUUUCUGGACCCUUCUCCCGUGCUCUGGCCCUGGAGGUCGGCUCGGCCCAUUUUACCAAUGAUUCCUUGCUCUUCUACUGUGAUGUGGACUUACUGUUUACUCCCGACUUCUUGAGCAGAUGUCGCGGGAACACCAUACUUGGAGAGCAGACGUACUUUCCCAUCAUCUUCAGCCAGUACGACCCAAAGGUUGUCUAUGCGGGCAAGGUGCCCAGUGACAACCACUACGUGUUCACCUCCAAAACGGGCUUGUGGAGACACUACGGUUUCGGGAUCGUCUGCGUCUACAAAGGAGACUUGGCCAAAGCGGGUGGCUUUGACGUCUCCAUCCAAGGUUGGGGACUGGAGGACGUGGACCUCUUUAACAAAUUCGUCCAGUCCGGGAUCAAGCUUUUUCGCAGCACGGACACCGGCAUCGUGCACGUCCACCACCCCGUGGUUUGCGACCCCAACCUCGAUCCCAAGCAAUACAAAAUGUGCCUGGGAUCCAAAGCGUCCUCGCACGGCUCCACGCAGCAACUGGCGGAGCUGUGGUUGGAGAAGAACGACCACGGCUUCCGAAAGAUCUCGAACUCUAAUAACGAUUCAAUGAGGACAGAAUAGACCCGGCAAGCGCACACAACCCACCCGUCUGUCUUCCUCUUUAUGGUGUUUUUUAACUACCUUAUUUAUUUUUUACAGAAAAGACUUCUGUGGAUAUAUUUUGAAAUAAGAACUCGUUUUGUAAACUGUACAGGAGCAGCGCGACACUUUCAGACUCGGAUCUUUUUUUUAGCAGCGUAAGGAACAUUGAUCUAUUUUACCAAUCCAAUACUGAGCAUUAUAUUUAUGGCACCUCACGUACAGACUGCUGUGGACCUCGCCGGAAAAUGCGUCAUGAUGGAAGAGGGAGUUUGGACACGGACAUGUGGUGUCUGGCAAACGGUAAAUGUUUAUUUGUGAAUGUUUACAGAGAGCUAUGAACAAGUGAUUCAUCCUUGGAAAAGGGGAUCUAUAAAAUAACAAUCUUAAUUGUGACAAUUAAGGGCCAUUGAUCAAAAGUUGCUCCCUUUUUUUUUGACUUUUGGUUUGUUUUUCCAGUUUAUUUGUCUGGGGGAUCCAUUGUAACACUGUUUUGUUUCCAUUGAUUUUGAUUUAAUUUUUAUUGACUUCUGUGAAUGAAACUGCUGGAUGUAGAUCUUUCCAACUCAUUCCCACUGUCUAAUUUAUUGAACGUUCAGUCUCGUACGAUAUCGGGCUGAGGUUGUGUAUAUUAGAGAUUGUAUAACCGUAUCAGUCAUGGAUAGUGUUUUUGUUCCUCUACAUUUUCCUCUCUCUAUCUCGAAUUGCUUUGAUUACCAAAGACUUUUUUUGCACAGUUGCUGUAGGUGAUUUUUGUUUGAGCGUGCUUGUGUAUGUGUGCGUGUGGAUGUCCGAAUGCAAGAUGGAGCGGGAAAAACGUUUGAAUUGUACUGUAGGAUGGCGGUACCGAUGACCAGAUUUCUAUUCUACACGGCUUUAUGAACGUUUGUCGACAACAAGCCACUUUGCGAUCUAUUUUCUUUUGUUUCAUUUGCUCCUGUUCAUUAUUUAAUAUUUGAUACGGUUGCAUACAGGCCAUUCUCCUGUGAUUUGAGCCAUACACUCCACAGAGGGAAUCGGCCCAAACCGCUGCCUCGCCUUCUGAAACAAUGACCGAUCUCCCACAGUAGUCUGUUUCUUUGGUUUUUGUUCUUUUCUGGGGCAUUUUCAUACUUCAGUUCUCUGUUAGCCCACAUACAACUGGGACAAAACUUUUAUAUUUAAUAAAAUGGAAAAAUGUCUAUCAAAAUGCA